AUGACGUCGAAUAACCAGCAAAGGCGUAAGAAGCGGCAGCAGCAGCAGAAACAGCCGGGGCAAUCCGAGGCUGCGGAAGCGGCGCAAUUGACGGGGGGAGAGGAGGCGGAACAGCAGCUUUCAGCGGAGCCGAUGGAAACUAGCGGGGCGGCGCAGGAAGCGCAAGCGGAGGCGCAAGCGCCGGAGAGCAGCGCGGGAGGCGGGGGAGCGUCGUCAGGGAAUAAAGACCUGACGAGCGCCGAUUAUUACUUCGACUCGUACGCCCACUUCGGCAUUCACGAGGAAAUGCUCAAAGACGCCGUGCGCACCAAGACGUACGAGGCAGCGAUCUGCGGCAGCACGUUUCUGUUCAAGGACAAGGUCGUCAUGGACGUCGGUGCUGGCACUGGGAUCCUCUCGCUCUUCGCUGCUAAAGCGGGCGCCAAGAAGGUGUACGCGAUGGAGUGCUCAGAGAUUGCCGAGUGCGCGCGCGAAAUCGUGGCAGCCAAUCACAUGGACCACAUAAUCACGGUGAUCAAAGGGAAGGUGGAGGACGUGGAGUUGCCAGAAGGGGAGAAAGUGGAUGUGAUUAUAUCGGAGUGGAUGGGCUACUUCCUGCUCUACGAGUCCAUGCUCGAUACAGUCCUGUUCGCCAGAGACAAGUGGCUGGCAAACGGCGGCAUAGUGUUGCCAGACCACUGCUCGCUAUACCUGAUGGCGAUAGAGGAUGCCGAGUACAAGCAGGAGAAGAUCCACUUCUGGCAGUCAGUGUAUGGGUUUGACAUGAGCUGCAUUCGAGACAAGGCCAUGCUGGAGCCUCUGGUCGACACCGUAGACGCCGAGCAGAUCGUUACCAACUCUUGCCUCGUCAAGUCGCUCGACAUCAGCAAGGUGACAAGGGGCGAUCUCUCCUUCUCGGUGCCCUUCAAGCUCGUGGCGGAGAGGAACGACUUUGUGCAUGCUCUCGUGGCCUACUUUGAUGGGAAGGCCAAGCUCCUGCCGGAAGCAUCGUCGCUGGAGGCUCCCUCCUCGUCCCUGGAUGCUCCACCUCCGUCGCCUGCGGCGGAUCCUGCGCUCAAGGACAAAGGCAAGGGCAGAAUGCCGGAAGAAUCAAGCUCUGUGCCUCCUGCUGAGACUUCUGCAAGCGGAUCUGGUCUAUCGCUGGAGGAGAAGCUGCGUUCGCUUCGCACAGCUGCUCCUGACAGCGGUUUUCUUGAAGAUGACUCGGAUGAAGAGCUGGAAGUUGAAGUCAAUACUGAAGCCUUCAACCGCGUCCGCUACACGGCGAUCCUGCUGAUCCCUGUGGCUCUCGCCUUGGAGUUGCGUCCAUCAUCACCACGGUGCGGACGCUGA